GUCACCGGCGUGUUGGGGGAGUCGAGAUCACUUCCCCCUCCCUCCCUCCUCCACCACCUCCACAAACUUCACAGCAAAUAGAAACAUUGAGAGAGGACGCGGCCGCUUCACACAAACAAACAACAACACCCUCGUACGAUGGCCGCUGCUGCUGCUACAGCGACGACGACGCUGCUGUGCGUGCUAGCGCUGGGCCAGGCGUUCUACCUCCCGGGUCUCGCCCCCGUCAGCUUCUGCGAGAAGGCCGAGGAGCACCUCAACUGUCAGUCCACCAUCGAGCUCUACAUGAACCGCCUGGACUCGGUGGAGUCUGUGCUGCCCUACGAGUACAACGCGUUCGACUUCUGCAAGGCGCCCGAAAGCAAACAGAGACCCACGGAGAACCUGGGCCAGGUGCUGUUCGGUGAGAGGAUAGAGCCCUCGCCGUACAAGGUGACGUUCAAGGAGGAGACGGCGUGUGCCGUCCUGUGCGAGCCCAAGGUGUACGAGCCGGGCUCCGCCGAUGACCAGGCCAGCCUGGACUUCCUCAAGAAGGCCAUGCACUUCAACUACCAGCACCACUGGAUUGUUGACAACAUGCCGGUGACAUGGUGCUACCACGUGGACGAGGGGAAACUCUUCUGUAACCCCGGCUUCCCCGUGGGCUGCUACGUCACUGCCACCGGGCAGCCCAAGGACGCCUGCAUCAUCAGCACGGAGUUCAAGGAGCCCGACUCGUUCUACCUCUUCAACCACGUGGACGUGACGCUCUCCUACCACAGCGGGGCGGCCGAGGGCUGGGAGGGAGCACGCCUCGUGGCGGCCAAGGUGGUGCCACGCAGCAUCAAGCACGCGGUGAAUGAGAAGCCGACCUGCACCGGGCCUCCACUCUCCAUCCCGCAGAGCGGCAAGGAGCGCGUGACAGUGCUGUACACGUACUCCAUCUCCUUCGUGGAGACCAACAAUAUCAAGUGGGCAUCACGCUGGGACUACAUCCUGGAAUCCAUGCCACACACAAACAUACAGUGGUUCAGCAUCAUGAACUCGCUGGUCAUCGUGCUGUUCCUCUCCGGCAUGGUGGCCAUGAUCAUGCUGCGCACGCUGCACAAAGACAUCGCCCGCUACAACCAGAUGGACUCGGUGGACGAGGCGCAGGAGGAGUUUGGCUGGAAGCUGGUGCACGGUGAUGUCUUCCGCCCGCCCAGGAAGGGCAUGUUCCUGUCUGUGUGCCUCGGGUCAGGGACCCAGAUCUUCAUCAUGACCUUCAUCACCCUGUUCUUUGCGUGUCUGGGCUUCCUGUCCCCGGCGAACCGCGGCGCUCUCAUGACGUGCGCCGUCGUCCUCUGGGUGCUGCUCGGGACUCCGGCCGGAUACGUGUCGGCUCGCAUGUACAAGACAUUCGGAGGAGAGAAGUGGAAAACGAAUGUGAUCCUCACAGCGUUCCUGUGGCCUGGGCUGGUGUUUGCCGACUUCUUCAUGAUGAACCUCAUCCUGUGGGCCGAGCGCUCCUCUGCCGCCGUGCCGUUUGGCACGCUCGUCGCGGUGCUGGCGCUGUGGUUCUGCGUUUCGGUGCCGCUCACUUUCCUCGGGGCAUACUUCGGCUUCCGCAGGAGGCCGAUUGAGCACCCAGUGCGGACCAAUCAGAUCCCUCGGCAGAUCCCGGUGCAGUCUCUGUACACGCGGCCGCUGCCGGGCACGGUGAUGGGCGGCGUGCUGCCGUUCGGCUGCAUCUUCAUCCAACUCUUCUUCAUCCUCAACAGCAUCUGGUCCCACCAGAUGUACUACAUGUUUGGUUUCCUGUUCCUCGUCUUCAUCAUCCUCCUCAUCACCUGCUCAGAGGCAACCAUCUUGCUGUGCUACUUCCACCUGUGUGCAGAGGACUACCACUGGUGGUGGCGGGCCUUCCUGACGAGCGGCUUCACGGCCGUGUACCUGCUGGCGUACGCGGUGCACUACUUCGUGACCAAGCUCGCCAUCGAAGGCAUCGCCAGCACCAUCCUGUACUUCGGUUACACCCUCAUCAUGGUGCUCAUCUUCUUCCUCUUCACCGGCACCAUUGGCUUCUUUGCCUGCUUCUGGUUCGUCACCAAGAUCUACGGCGUGGUGAAAGUCGAUUGAAGAGAGAACGGCACGCACACGUACACACACACACACGUACACACACACGUACACACACGCGCACGCACACACACACGUACACACACGUGCACGCACACACACGCGCACACACAUGCACACGCACGCAUGCACACGCACGCACACGCACGCACUUAUGCACGCACGCGUAUGCACGCACGCGUAUGCACGCACACACACACAGACGCACACACAGACACACGCACACACACACACACACCCCCAACUCACACACACGCACGCCUGUACAUGGGUGCAAACACGCACAGGCACACGCACGCGCAGACGCACACAGACGUACACUACCGGCACGUCGCGCGUGGGUGUAAAUACGUCACGGCGCGCUGUGGUGAAUGCAGACCGCACCGGCUGGUGCGUCCGCUCACGUGGUGGGGAGCCGUGGCGCAGCGGUGAGCGCUGCCAACCCCGGCAGGGACCGCGAGUUCCAUUCACGCCGUCACCACCAUCAUCACCGCCAUCAUCACCGCCACCACCACCGCCAUCACCACCACCACCACCGCUAUCACCGCCACCACCACCACCGCUGUCAUCACCACCACCACCACCGCUAUCAUCACCACCACCGCUAUCAUCACCACCACCACCAUCAUCGCCACCACCGCUAUCACCACCACUGCCGCCACCGCCACCACCAUCGCUAUCACCGCCACCACCACCACCACCGCUAUCAUCGCCACCACCACCACCGCUAUCACCACCACUGCCGCCACCACCACCGCUAUCACCGCCACCACCACCACCACCGCUAUCACCACCGCUAUCACCGCCACCACCACCACCGCUAUCAUCGCCACCACCACCACCGCUAUCACCACCACUGCCACCACCGCCACCACCACCGCUAUCACCGCCACCGCCGAUGAUAGCGAUUAUCCGAACGAGUCCUGGGCCACCCCUAGGUCGCCUCGGCCUCAAAUGAGCAUCAUCCGGGAGACAAAGGCGGCCGGGCGUGGCGCUGG